CCGGAUCCCGCUUACACCGCCCGGCCCGCCCCUCACACCGCCUCCCCGCGGCCGCACUUCCAAUGGGCGGCCGGGACAGGGGUGGAAGGUGUCGAGCCCCGGCGGCCGCGGGUUUAUUAGCGGAGGGCUUGGGAGCGGGGCCGCAGCAGAAGCAGCAGGGGUGGCAAGGCAGUAUCGCAGCGAUGGAGCGCGGGCGGCAGGUUGCGAACUUCGGCGCCGGGCCGGCGAAGCUGCCGCGCUCCGUUUUAUUAGAAGCACAGAAAGAAUUGGUGGACUACAAAGGACUUGGUAUAAGUGUUCUUGAAAUGAGCCAUCGGUCUUCAGAUUUCACAAAAAUUUUAAAUACAACUGAAAGUCUCAUGCGUGAAUUACUAAAUAUACCAGACAACUACAAAGUUCUUUUCCUUCAAGGAGGUGGAUCUGCUCAGUUCAGUGCAGUCCCGCUUAACCUUAUUGGUUUAAAGGAGGGAAGACAGGCAGAUUAUGUGGUUACUGGAGGCUGGUCGGCAAAAGCGGCUAAAGAAGCAGAGAAGUAUGCCAAAGUAAACAUCGUUCAUCCCAAACUAGGAGCCUACACAAGCAUUCCUGACCCAAGCACUUGGAAUCUUAAUCCAGAUGCAUCUUAUGUGUAUUAUUGUGCUAAUGAAACUGUUCAUGGUGUGGAGUUUGACUUUGUACCUGAUGUCAAAGGAGCAGUCUUGGUUUGUGAUAUGUCGUCAAACUUCCUGUCCAAACCUGUGGAUGUUACCAAGUUUGGUGUGAUUUUCGCUGGUGCUCAGAAGAAUGUUGGCUGUGCUGGAGUUACUGUUGUAAUCGUACGUGAAGACUUGCUGGGAUUUGCACUGAAGGAAUGCCCUGUUGUACUGGAUUACAAAACACAGGCAGCAAAUAGCUCAUUGUAUAACACUCCACCAUGCUACAGUAUUUAUAUCAUGGGAUUGGUACUGGAAUGGAUAAAGAAUAAUGGUGGAGCUGCAGCUAUGGAUAAACUUAGUUUAAUCAAGUCACAGAUGAUUUAUGAUAUUAUUGACAAAUCUAAUGGAUUUUAUGCAUGUCCAGUGGAGAGAAAGAAUCGGAGCAGAAUGAAUGUACCUUUCCGCAUUGGUAGCGUCAAGGGAGAUGAAGCCCUGGAAAAGAAAUUUCUUGAGAAGGCUGUGGAACUUAACAUGAUAUCUCUGAAAGGACACCGGUCUGUGGGAGGAAUCCGUGCCUCUUUAUAUAACGCAGUGACUGUAGAAGAUGUUCAGAAGCUUGCAACAUUCAUGAGAAGCUUCAUGCAGAUGCAUCAGUCAUAAAUGCCCAUGGGUUAGAGCCAUGCUGCACAUCUAAGAAACAAAAGCUAAAGGGUUUUAACAUUACCGUGAUACUGCAUGGCUGCAGUGCACAAGUUGGUUUUUUUCUUUUCAUUCCUGUAGCAAUUUUAAUUAACUGAAGAGGCUCAGUCUUGCAAUGACGUGGCAACUUUGACUUUGCUGGAUGUGGGAUCCCCAGACUGGUCGUGAUUGAUUCAAAAAUUUGAAAAUGUGUGGGUAAAACAUGAAUAACAUUGUAGGAUGCUAAGGAUCGGAGUCUGUUUCGCACUUCUAGAAGUGACUUCAGCAAUGCCUUUUUUUAGUAAAAUGCAGGAAGCCAAAUUCGUCACAAGCUCUCUGUAAUACUUUACAAGUACUCUGUGACUGCAUAAUGAAGGUAAACUAACAUGGUCUCUAGGGACAUCUGUUGGUUUAUGGGGUAUAUUCCAACAGUGAACUAUCAGAAGUAUUUAGGAGUUAACACUGACAUUCCUAAAUUGAGGAUCUGGCCUUCGGGCUACUGCUCCAAUGCUAGAAAUACUAUUAUAACCAUUGCAAGUAAUUGUGGUUAAAGUCUACUGGACUGGGCUUUUCUUCCUAUUAACAUUUAUUAGUUUAAAGCAAAGAUUCAUGAGUCUGAUUAAAUAAAUUUCUAAGACUUUUUUUAUUUCUCUAUGCAUUUUGUGUAUGAAACUCCUAGGUUAUUAAUGUUAUAUUCUUAUUUUAGAGCAUGCAUAUUUGCUGCUGCAAAAAAUUUGCUUUCCAUUUGUUUCCUUGUGCCAGACUGGAUUGCUGUAUUCCACACAAUGGGCCUGCGACUUUCUCUGCACUGACUUUGAGCCCAAAAUGCAGCAGACUUUUUUGUCUGUUGUUUAAGUGUUUUCCCUCUCUACUUUCUCCAUUAUUGUUCUACCUUUUCAUGCUUUCAGUUCUGUAGCCUUUUAUAUGUAGAACUUUGUCCAAAUGGAGUAACGAAUAGUCUUCUCUGCCUUUUCCAGACACUGCAGUGUACUUUUGGUUCCACUUUCUCACUUGGUCCUUCUAGCUUGCUGCAGAUGUUGAUACUCUGGGCUAGAGAGGUCACUGUGGCUACUCAGAGUUCUUCAGAAGAUCUCCUGUUAUAGAACCCUCAAGUUACUCUUUUUUCUCAGCUUGUGACUUUACUGCCAAUGCUCAUAUAUUGACCUUUAUCUCCUAUUUUAACUUGUGUAGAAGCUAUCUGCUACUGUCAGAGUGUUUAGCAUUACUACAGCUGUUUUCAGACUAAACUCUUCGGCAGACAAUGGGGAUUUCUUUUUUUUUUUUUUUUUAAUUUUUGUGUAACAUCAGUACAGUGGUAACAAUUUGUUAAUGGUAAUGAUGUACUAUUCCUUUGUUGAUGGAACCUCAGAGCAAGCCAGUGGAAUGUAAUAGGGUUGAGUUACAUUCCUAUCUGAAAAUUCAUCAUUACUGUUUGGAGAUUUUUGUCAACUUAGUGUAACUAAAAGUAUGUGAAUUAUGUGAAAAAAUAAAAUCUAAUCAUGUCAUGAUGUGAAGUA